AUGAGCACCGCUUCUUCCACCGCUGUUGCCGCUGUCAUGGACAAGAGCACAAAACAGGAUGACAUUGCUGCGGCGCGUCGAUUCCUCCGAUACGUCGAUGCCAGCCCCACCCCGUUCCAUGCCGUCGCUACCACCUCGGCCAUGCUCGAUGCUGCUGGCUUUCAACGUAUCAAGGAGAGCGAGCUAUGGGACGAUAAGGUGAAGCGCGGUGGUAAGUACUACUUUACUCGUAAUCAGUCUGCCAUUGUCGCCUUUGCCGUUGGUGCCAAGUAUGAGCCAGGUAAUGGUGUCCACGUAGUUGGCGCUCACACCGACUCGCCCAACUUCCAGAUCAAGCCCAUCUCUCGCAAGACAAAGGAGGGAUACCUGCAAUGCGGUGUAGAGACCUACGGUGGUGGUAUCUGGGCUUCGUGGUUCGAUCGAGAUCUCGGUGUCGCUGGUCGCGUAAUUGUGUCCGACUCAAAGUCGCACGACAAGUUUACAGGCAGGCUUGUGCACAUCAAGCGGCCCAUCCUGCGUAUCCCUACCCUUGCUAUCCACCUCAACCGCACGGUCAAUGAGGCAUUCAAGUUCAACAUUGAGGACAACACCGUACCCAUCCUCGGUCUCGCCACUGAGCACCUCAACAAGCGCGCCGACGAAGCUGCCGAGGCUGCCAAGGUCACUCCACAGGCAGUAGGUACACCUGUCAUGGCGGAAAAGCACCACUCUGUUCUUCUGGAUCUGCUUGCAUCGGAGCUCGGUAUCUCCGUAGAGCAAAUCCAGGACUUUGAGCUCAGCUUGUAUGACACACAACCCGCAUCCAUCGGAGGCAUCAACAACGAGUUCAUCCACUCUCCUCGACUCGACAACCAGAUGUCGUGCUUUUGCGCUACUGAGGCCCUCAUCGACUCUCUUGGGUCGGCGGAAUCGCUAAAUGCGUCUUCCUCGAUCCGUGCGAUCGCGCUCUUUGACAACGAGGAGGUCGGCUCGGUUUCGUCCCACGGUGCCGAGUCCAACAUGCUGCCAAGUCUCAUUCAGCGACUGGUGGCGCUUCCGGUAUCAUCAUCUUCGUCUUCGUCUUCUUCGAAUCCAGCUGCCUCGAAUCUGUACGAGCAGGCCAUCGCGCGAUCCUUUCUGCUUUCGUCCGACAUGGCACACGGCUUCCAUCCCAACUACCCAUCCUUCUACGAGGAGAAUCAUCGACCCAAGAUCAACCAGGGACCAGUCAUCAAGACCAACGUCAAGCAGCGGUAUGCUACCACCGGCCCCACCGCUUUCCUUAUUCGACGCAUCGCGCAGCGCGCACAGGUUCCUCUGCAGUCAUUUGUGGUCAAGAACGACAUGCCAUGCGGAUCUACGAUCGGACCUAUGCUCAGCAAGCUCGGCAUCCGAACUCUCGACCUUGGCAACCCGCAGCUGUCGAUGCACUCGAUCCGCGAAACUUGUGGGACCAAGGAUGUCGAGUACAAGAUUCAACUCUUCAAGCAUUUUUUCGAUUCGUUCGAACAGAUCGAUGCCCAGCUUGUCAUUGACUGA